AUGGUGGUCCGCCCUGGCCGCCCCCCCUCUCCCCGCCGCCCCGAUUUCCUUUUUCCCCUGGGCGCUUCGCUGCCGGCUUCGGCACCCGCUAAUUCUCGACAUUUCCCAAGCACGACUCCCAAGCACGACUCCCAACCAAGGCUCCCAACCAAGGCUCCCAACCACGACGACAAAUUGAAAGAGCCAAAUCAAAGAGCCGACUCGUUCCUCGCCCGAUCCGGAACCGGCCGACUCCCUUCCCUCGACCGGCCCGCUCGCCCCCGACGACCAUCGGCCAUGGCGGAAAUGUCGUCGGCGACGUCGCCGUUUCCGCUGCCGCAGAUCCUCGCCUACCCCGCCUCGAGGCCGCCGCGGCUCGUCACCCAGGGCGCCGAGGGCCGGCUCUACGAGACGACGCAUCUCGAGGCCCACGUCCCCUGCGCGCUCAAGUACCGCCCCCCGAAGCCGUGGAGGCACCCGAUGCUCGACCGGCGUCUGACGAAGCAUCGAAUCCUGUCCGAGGCCCGCAUCCUCGCCAAGUGCCGUCGGGACGGCGUGCGCGUGCCCGCCGUCUACGCCAUCGACGAGGCCGGCGGCUGGCUCAUGCUCGAAUGGAUUCCCGGCACGCCGGUGCGCGUCAACAUCAACCGGUGGCUGGGGGACCGGACCGAGGGCAUCGAGGGCGACGAGCCCCUCCAGAGCCUCAUGCGCCGCAUAGGGGCCGCCGUGGGGAACCUGCACCGCGUCGGCGUCGUCCACGGCGACCUGACGACGAGCAACCUCAUGCUGCGACCGUCGACGGGCCGUGCCCUCGCCGCCGACGACCAGCCCGUCGACCACGUCCUGCACGGCGAGGUUGUCAUCAUCGACCUCGGCCUCGCCAGCGGCAGCAUCCAGGACGAGGAGCGUGCCGUCGACCUCUACGUCCUCGAGCGCGCCUUUGGGAGCACGCACCCGCGCGCGCAGUGCCUCUUCCACCACCUGCUGGAGGCGUACGGGGCGACCUUUAAGCAGUCGGCGGCGGUGCUCAAGAGGCUCGAGGAUGUCAGGAUGCGCGGGAGAAAACGGACUAUGAUUGGCUAA